AUGCAAGCCAGCUCCACUACUGACCAAAUUCUGUCCAAACAAAAAAAGACCUCUGUCCUACCAAAAAUCAAACCCAAGAACCAAAUCACUAGACACAACCAACAAAACCCACAACCAAAUCAAACUACAACCAAAUCCACUGACAAAUCCAAAAUAAUACACAAAGCCCAUGACAAAAAAAAAAUCACAACCAAAGCUAUAGACACCCACGAGCAUCAAUCCUCUGAGGAAGAGGAAGAGGAAGAAACAGAAGAAGAUACCGAAACAGAAAAUGAGAAAAUUCGAGAGAGCAGUGAUAAUAGUUAUGAAGGUGUGGAGGAUAAUGAUGAUGCUUCAACAAGUGAUGAAGAAGCCGAGAAUCAAUUUCAUACUUUUAGUACUAUCCAACAGGAACCAGAAGUCGCUAAAGCUUUUGAGGAUUUAUCAGGGAAAAUGAAUCUCUCACCUAGAGGUUCGCAAAACACUAGAGGUGACAAUAUCAAUAGAGGAGGCAGAGGAGGAGAUUUUAAUGUUAUUUUGGCUCCAGAGGAGAAACAAGGGGGUAACUCUCAUAGAAUGUAUAAAAGUAUACCUUUUAUAAAUUGUAUGAUGGAUUGCUCCUUGAUAGAUAUUGGAUUCCUUGGUUCUAUCUAUACUUGGUGUAAUGGUCGAGGAAAAGGAAAAAGAAUUUGGAAAAGACUUGAUAGAGUAUUAAUAAAUACUGAAUGGUCACUCAAGUAUGUUGAUACCACAGUCACCCAUCUUAUCAGGACUGGAUCUGAUCACUGCCCUCUUUUGAUUUCUAUAUCCUCUUCUCAUCAAACUCAUCAGAAAUAUUUUAGAUUCUUGGAUCUAUGGACUCAAGAACCUGGUUUUAAUGAAACAAUGAAGGCUGCCUGGAAUGAAGAUACUAGUGGAUCACCCAUGUGGAAUUUCCACUUGAAAUUGAAAAACACAUGUAGAAAGCUAUCUCAGUGGUCGAGAAACAGUGUUGGUAACAUUUUUGAUAACACUAAAGCUAUGGAAAAAAAUGUUGCGGAUUUAGAAGAAAUUUGCUUGACCAACAAUUCUGAUAGCAACAGAAUGGCUUACAACUGCGCAAAUGCUCAACUUAUUAUGCAUAUCAAGAAGGAAGAAGCUUUUUGGAAACAAAAGGCUGGUAUGAAAUGGCUUCAAAAUGGUGGCUCUAAUACCAAAUUUUUUCAUACCAUCAUGAACAAUAAGAGAAGAAGAUUAGUCCUCAAAAAGAUCAAAAAGGAUGAUAACACAUGGAUUGAAGGAAGUGAUGAAAUUGCUAAGGAAGCAAUAAAUUUCUUUGAAUCCCAAUUCAGUAAGGACGAUUCUCACAAAGAUUUCAGUAUUCUAAAUUGUCUACCAUGUGUGAUAAAUGAAGAAGACAAUAAUAUACUGGAUGCCCUACCUACUAUGAUUGAGUUGAAAGAGGCAGUAUUCUCACUAAGUGCGGAUAGUGCUCCUGGACCAGAUGGUUUAACAGGAACAUUUUAUCAAAAAUGUUGGGAUAUUAUCUCGAUUGAUUUAUUUAACAUGGUUUGUGAUUUUUUUGCAGGUACUCCACUUCCAAGAUCUUUCACUCAUUCAUGUCUUAUCCUUAUUCCAAAGACUCCAAACCCUCAAAGAUUUACAGAUUUGAGACCAAUAAGUCUAAGCAAUUUUAGCUCUAAGAUCAUAUCCAAAAUGCUGAACACAAGACUAUCUAAAGUCAUUCAUAAAGUGGUCUCACCGAAUCAAACAGGAUUCAUGAGGGAUAGAUCUAUCACUGAUAACAUCAUGCUCACUCAAGAGCUAGUUCACAACAUUAAGAAUCCAAACGUCAAUGGUAAUGUUAUCAUUAAACUUGACAUGACUAAAGCAUUUGAUAGAGUUGAUUGGAUUUUCUUAUGUCAAGUUCUCAGGCAGUUUGGAUUUUCUGAAUACUGGAUUGAUAUGAUAUGGAGGCUUCUUGCAAACAAUUGGUACUCUAUCAAUAUAAAUGGAAGCAGACAUGGUUUCUUCAAAUCGGGAAGAGGAAUUAAACAAAGAGAUCCUUUGUCACCCUCUCUAUUUAUUAUUGGAGCUGAACUUUUGACCAAACUUAUGGAGCAACUCAUAAGUGAAAGUUUCAUUCCCUACUCAGUCGAUAAAGGAUGUCCCUCUUUUACUCACCUCAGCUAUGCAGAUGACACUAUUCUUUUCUCUUCUGGGGAUCCUCUGUCUUUAAUGGCUAUGAUGAAUAAGCUUUCUGUUUACGAGAAAUGUUCUGGACAACUCGUCAACAAAGACAAGUCUUGUUUUCUAGUAGCUCCAAAUACUCAUGAGUCCUUGACAGAUGACAUUAAGAGAAUAACUGGUUUCUCUCAAUCUAACUUUCCUUUCACGUAUUUGGGAUGUCCCAUUUAUUUUGGUAGACAAAGAGUCAAGUAUUUUGAUGGUCUUAUCUCUAAAAUUACUGGUAGAUUGCAAGGUUGGCAAGGCAAGAUGAUUUCUUGUGGGGGUAGAGCCGUCUUGAUAAAAGCAGUCCUUCAAUCAUUGCCCCUUCAUAUGCUUUCAGUGAUACAUCUUCCGAAAACAACUACUUCUCAGAUUGAAAAGUUGUUUGCUAAUUUCUUUUGGAGUGAGACUGAAGGAAAAAAGAAACAUCAUUGGAUUGCUUGGAAAAAUCUUUGUUAUCCCACUGACGAGGGUGGAAUAGGAAUCAAAUCAAUCCAAGACAUUAACAAUAGCUUUAGUGCUAAAGUUUGGUGGAGCUUUAGAACUAGAAAUACCUUAUGGAGGAACUUUCUUGAAGCUAAAUAUUGCCCAAGAGCGCAUCCAGUGAAGAAAAAAUGGGUUUCAGGGCAGUCUCACACCUGGAAAAGAAUUCUUCAUGUAAGGAGUGAUUGUGAGAAGUACUUAGUUUGGAAAAUUGUCAAAGGAAAUUGUUCUUUCUGGUGGGAUAAUUGGUUAGGUACCGGUAAUCUUGGACAACAUUUUCCUCAUACUCGAAGAUCCAAAAAACUCAAAGUUGCAAACUUUAUGAUUGGCAACACUUGGGAUGAAAACAAGCUUCUCCGUAUUCUUCCUAUGGAUAUGGUUAAGCAAAUCCAAAAUAUUAACAUCUAUGAGGGAGAAGAUGACUUUCCGAUAUGGACUCCUGACACUCAUGGUUUCUUCACUUGCAAAUCUGCUUGGAAAGUUCUCAGGGAAGGAAGGAAUACUACUUUGAUUGCCGAAAAAAUUUGGCACCACAAAAUUCCUUUCAAAAUCUCUUUCUUUAUGCUUAGACUACUUAAGAACAAAUUGGCUACUGAUCAAGCUCUUCAUCGAUUUCGUGUCGCAGGACCAUCUAGAUGUUCUUGUUGUAAGAACUAUGCUACAGAAGACACAAACCAUCUUUUCAGAAAUGGAGAACUUGCUGAUGAAGUUUGGAAUUAUUUUAAUAUCCAUAGUGAUAUUUUUGAUAAUCACAACAACAUUAGAAGUACUUUGAUGAACUGGUGGCUGUCUGAUGCGAAAAACAAAGUUCAUUCUUUUGUUCAACUAUGCACACCUAUUGUCAUAUGUUGGGAGCUGUGGAAGGCUAGAUGCAGUCAUCGAUAUGAAGGAAUCAAAUGCAAUCCCCUCAGAGUUAUCUCUCAGGGAAUGACAUAUAGCAUGGCAGCAGAUUGA